AUGUUCAGCUGCCGGAGGAGUACUGUGGUCUCGAGACUGCUCAACUCCUCGCUCCAGCGUCGCUCGGCGAGUCAAGCAUCCGCCGGAGCCCGUCUAAACAAGCCCAUCGAUUUCAAGAAGACGGCGAUCUUACAUCAGUCACAGAACAGUGCCCGGACAGCGUUCGGCCUGGCUCAGGACGCCCCCGUCGACUGGGUGAACCUGCACGGUGCAAUCAACACAACGCUGCACCAUGCCCUGAAAAGCGACGAGAGCGUGCUUCUGUUCGGCGAAGACGUGGCAUUUGGAGGUGUAUUUCGAUGUUCCAAGGGGCUAGCCGACGAGUUCGGCGCGGCGCGAGUGUUCAACACGCCUUUGACCGAACAAGGCAUUGUGGGCUUUGCAAUCGGUUGUGCGGCGGAGGGAAUGAAGCCUGUCGCUGAGAUUCAAUUUGCCGACUACGUCUACCCUGCCUUCGACCAGCUCGUCAACGAAGCGGCCAAGCUGCGCUACCGAGAGGGAAGCACGGGUGGACACUGUGGAGGACUGGUCGUCCGAAUGCCCUGCGGCAGUGUUGGACACGGUGCUCUAUACCACUCCCAGAGCCCGGAGGCCUUGUUCACGCACAUCCCGGGGCUACGGGUCGUUAUGCCUCGGUCACCCUCGCAAGCCAAGGGUCUUCUGACCGCGUCGAUUCUCGAGUGCAAUGACCCCGUCAUUUUCCUGGAGCCGAAGAUUCUGUAUCGAGCCGCCGAGGAAUUUGUGCCUCGUGAACCCUACAGCCUACCACUGGACAAAGCCGAGGUCCUCAAAAAGGGCAAGGACCUUACGGUCAUAUCGUAUGGACAGCCACUGUAUCUCUGCUCUGCAGCGAUCGAAGCUCUGGAGAAGGAGAUCAAAGGUCUGAGCGUGGAGCUCAUUGACUUGAGAGCAAUCUAUCCUUGGGACCGUGCCACGAUUAUGGAAAGCGCUAAAAAGACAGGCAGAGCGGUCGUUGUCCAUGAGAGCAUGUACAAUGCCGGUGUAGGGGCCGAGGUGGCCGCGAGCAUACAGGAAGGAGCCUUUCUUCGACUCGAAGCGCCUGUGGCAAGGGUUACAAGUUGGAGUACCCAUCACGGCUUGGUAUAUGAGAAGUUUUAUAUCCCAGACAUCACGAGAAUAUACGAUGCAAUGAAGAAAACGUUGGAAUACUAA